UUCUCCUUUACUACCUUUGCAGAUACGUUCCAUGGAAGACUGAAGCCCAUUGGCAUAAAGGAGAGGAAAUAUAUCCUUGCACUGAAGAAGAGGGAGUGCUUGAUGAAGGGCUACCUGUUUGAUGGGCAGAUCAAUGCCUGGGACUUGCCCUACUACAUGAAUCAAGUGGAGCAGUGCAAGUUUGCUGUGAACAAGGACAAACUGAUUGAGUAUUUCCCUCUCCAAGUGGUAACAGAAGGACUGUUUGAUAUCUACCAGGAGCUGCUGGGUCUCACGUUCACAGAAGUGGAGCACGCUCAUGUGUGGCAUGAAAACGUCAAACUUUAUUCAGUCCAUGAUGCAGAAACAGGAGAGGAGAUUGGACAGUUUUACCUGGACUUGCAUCCAAGGGAAGGAAAAUAUGGCCACGCAGCUUGUUUUGGGCUCCUGCCUGGCUGCAGAGGGCCUGAUGGAAAACGCAGACUUCCAGUAGCAGCGAUGGUAGCUAACUUUACCAAGCCCAGGAAAGACUGGCCCUCUCUCCUGCAGCACCACGAAGUGGAGACCUAUUUUCAUGAGUUUGGUCAUGUGAUGCAUGAGCUCUGCUGUAAGACCACUUUUUCAGAAUUCAGUGGCACUCUGGUGGAGACUGACUUUGUGGAGGUGCCAUCUCAGAUGCUGGAGAACUGGGUUUGGGAAAAAGAGCCUCUAAGAAGAAUGUCUCGCCACUACAAAGACGGCUCGCCAAUUCCAGACAAUCUGCUUGACAAGCUGAUUGCCUCCAGGGUAGCUAACACCGGUCUGAUGAACCUGCGCCAGGUCGUCCUCAGUAAAGUGGACCAAUCACUUCACUCCAGCUCCAGUGCUGACACAGCUGAAGUGUUUGCAAAGCACUGCCAGGACAUCCUGGGUGUUCCUGCAACUCCAGGCACCAAUAUGACAGCCAGUUUCAGCCACUUGGCCGGAGGAUAUGAUGGUCAAUACUACAGCUAUCUGUGGAGUGAAGUUUACUCCAUGGACAUUUUUUUCAGUCGUUUUAAACAAGAAGGCAUCAUGAAUCCAAAGGUUGGAAAAGAGUACAGAAGGGUGAUACUGGAAGCCGGUGGCUCUGUGGAUGGAAUUGACAUGCUGAAGACCUUCCUUGGGCGAGCGCCAUGUCAGGACGCCUUUUUUCAGAGCAAGGGACUGAUUAAGACACAGGAAACACAAACGUCAUAAUUUGAUUUACUUUUCCAGUUUGGGGGAAAAAAAAUAAAAGUUUGAAUGCUGUGCAAAUGGAAA